AUUUCCGAAGUCAGUGUUCGUUUGUUACAGUGUAGUCAACCCUGCAGCAAGGUCGAUGAAAACUACAAAGUCUGAGAGUAGCCCGACUUGAGAAGUCAGCUUGGUUAGCUGGUGUCGAGGUUGCUGGUGCUGGUGUCUCUCCAGCCUUCAUUCGCCUUGGUGUCCUCCUCGUCAUCAACCCUAAUUCUGAGCUGACUGCCGGGCGUAGUUGUUGCAGGCGCUUGUUGUCGAAAUCAGUUUCCCGCGCUUUUUAUUCCCAGUUUCUCCCGCCGUCGAGAAAAGUGAUCGUUUCCGGCCAGUGAGCUGGUCGCUUUCCUAAAGUUAAAUUACUGCCAGUUCAAUUCCUAAACUCGCGAGCAAGGUUAGGUUUUUCUCCGUUUCGCGUCGUCCCCUGCAAUGCCGCGCGUUGCAUCGUAUAACGUUCCCAACGAUACACUCCAUCGCCACUAAAGCGAUUGUCACUGCUAAUUCCUGAAGUCCCCCGAGCGCCUGGUCCAAUUUACUUCAUUGUUGACCCCCCCAUAAGUCACAUUGGUUAUGGUCACCAUCGCUUAAGAUGCAGUACCACUCCGAGCAAUCAUCCGGCCUCCCCCCGCAUAAGAGCGGCAGCCGUCGCCGCGCAUCCGUCUCGUCCGUCAGUCCGCUCGAGCUGCGCCUGCAGGAGUUUAACCUAGUCGGGGGAACCGGACUCGGGGGAAGCAUAAUCGAGCGCGGAAGCAGCAAGCAUGCAGGUUCUAGCGGCGUAGGGUUACCGGUUCGCAACGCUUCUCCGCAAAGCGUCGCCAACCAUGCGGAGUCGCCCGGCCACAUCUCAGACGGCCGCGGCUCCAGCGGCUAUUCGUCCCAAGAAGGGCGGCGCCGGCGGAAGUCCGCCGAUAAUGUCGCCGCCGAGGCGCGGCCCGCGUUAGCCGGACUUAGUCUUACCGGUUCAGGCGGUGCGCACAAGGCUCCUCCUUCCAAUUCGGAAAACAGCAGCGUCAGCAGAAGCAGAAGCAGAAGCGGGAGCGGAAGCGGAAGCGGAUUAGGAGGAGCGAUCAGACAGCCGACGCUGGAAUCGCAACGGAAUGGGGUAAACAACAGCAGCAGUAAUAGCAGCCUUAAUAGCGCCGUCGACCCGCGCUUGCCGCUGGUCAACACGCCUGACUCCAUACCGUCGGAUGCGGACGGGGCUCGGUUCCCGCCCAAGCCUGCAGCGAGCACGCACUUUCCGCCGUACAGCGCGGCGGAAAUUGCGGCGGCGAUUGCGGCGAUCAACAGCGGCGCUGCGUACUGCAAGCCGCGGUACCAGUUCUGCCCGAACUGCGGGUUUCAGCUGGUGGAAAACCCGAUAAUAGAGCCCAUCUUAAAGCCCGUUGUACCCGCUAUGGCGGAGGAGGAGACGGACUCGGAGCAAGACGCCGACGACGCGAGUGAGGUGUCCGUGCCACUUGUCAAAGCGCCAUUGGCGAACGCCAAGGCGAAGCCCAAGAAGGGGAAGGGCAGAGCGGCGGCGUCCGCGGGGCACAAUCACGCGGAGAGGCCGCGCAGGCGGUCUUCCGCCGAGCACAGCGGCAGCAGCGGCGGGGGGGAAUCCGACAUCGGCGGAGCUUUUGCCGCGGGGAGGGCGGGCUCUGUCGGAGGGGACGCGGAAGAGCCGGGCGCGCGGAGGCCGCCCGCUGCGUUCCCCCCGUCCGCAUCUACCUCGUCCUCUGCAGGGGGGAAGGAGGGGAGCCGCAUGGAGCGGCUCCGCGCGCCCGAGGUGGGGCAGCGGCAGGUGCUCCGCCACAUGGAAAAGGGCGGCGGCCCUGCCGCGGGAGGCGGAAAGGGCCGCCAUAGGCGCAUCGGGAGCGUGGACCACAAUAUUUAUUCCGCCGCCAUGCCUCUAACGAAGGGCAGGCUAGGGGGCGCAGGGGGAGGGGCAGCAGGAAGAGAUCAUGGGUACGGGGAGGGGGCGGGGGCGGAAGCGGACGGGGGCGGGAUUGGCGCGGGGGGAAGGGGGAUAGCUUCCCCCGUUCAGGAGGAUGACGGCGAGGGGACAGAGCGGAGCUCGCCGACGGGAUCCGCCAUGUCUGACGUGUCCGCGGCUACAGGCCGCGACGCGCCAGGUGGCGGCGCGAUCAGCGGCUCGAGCGCCGUCAGCGCCGCGAUAUCCGCCCACAGAAAGCGGCUGGGGAUUGGGGGGGGAAACGAGUGGGGGAGUGAGCGCGGGAGCGAGAGAGGGAGCGAGAGGGGGAGCGCGGCGGGAUCGCCUAGAGGGUCUGCAGGCGCGGGGUCCCCCCGAAAAACCGCUAUAGGGCUGAAGAAGCUGCAGUUAAGAGUCGAUAUCGCGGCUGACGAUAGCGGGGACGAGGGGAGGGAGGUGAAGCUGGUGGCGGUAGGCCCGCCCCCCGGGAGUGCAGGGGCAAGGGGAAUGGGGGGAGGCGGGGGAGGGGGGGUGGGGAGAGGAGCGCGAGGGGUGGCGGGGAUAGGGUCGGUGAAAGAGCGGUCGGGACUUCGGAGGGAGGGGAGUAGCGUGAGCCGAGGAGUGAGUGAGGGAGUGAGUGAGGGAUUGGCGGGCAGAUUAGGUCGAGAAGAGGGGGGUGGAGCAGGAGCAGCAGCAGCAGGAGCAGCAGCAGGGGGAACGGCUGCUCUAGCACCGCUGAUGGUGGCGGCACCAGUGGGUGCAGCAGCGCCAGUAGGCGUAUCCGGCCCGGUGGCUGUAGCGGGGCCGGUGGCGGCGCUACAGAAGAAGGCGCAGCACCGGCGCAUCUCGUCGUGGGUGGACGGGGGCAACCUGCGGCACACGGACUUCAUCCUGCGCAAGCCGUACCGCGAGGUCACCGAGGUGUUCGACGUGCAGGAGGAGGAGCUUGGCGUCGGGCAGUUCGGGGUGAUCCGGUCGUGUGUUAAUAGAGUCACGGGGGCUCUGCUGGCAUGCAAAACGAUCAGCAAAGAGAGAAUCGUGUGUCCCGAGGAUGCGGACGAUGUGCGGAAGGAGGUGCAGCUGAUGCAGCAGCUGAGGGGCCAUCCGAACAUCAUCGACCUCUAUGAGACGUUUGAGGACAGCAAGCAUGUGCACUUGGUGAUGGAGAUCUGUAAAGGUGGCGAGCUCUUUGACCGCAUCAAACUCCGGGGGCAAUACAGCGAGCGCAACGCAGCUUUGGUGUGCCAGACGCUGGUGGAGGCGCUGCUGUACUGCCACUCCAACGGCAUCACCCACCGGGAUGUGAAGCCGGAGAACAUCCUGCUCAUGCACAAGGACGAUGAUACCAACAUCAAAGUCAUCGACUUUGGGGUCGCCACACGGUUCAGGCAUGGCGAGCCCCUGACUGAGUUUGUGGGCACGCCAUACUACAUGGCCCCAGAGGUGCUCACCGGCUCGUACGGCCCCGAGGCGGACAUCUGGUCGGCGGGGAUCGUCCUGUACAUCAUGCUGUGCGGCUUCCCGCCCUUCUGGGCGGCGAGCAACGAGGGCAUCUUCGACGCCAUCAGGCGCAAGGAGCUGCAGUUCAAAUCCGCCAAGUGGAAGAACGUGGGCGAGGGGGCAAAGGAUUUAAUAAGGAGCAUUCUCGUGAAGGACCCCAAGAAGAGGAUGUCAGCGCUUGAGCUGCUCGGUCACCCUUGGAUCGUGCAGUACUCCACAUAGCAACGGCGCCAAGCUACCCCAUGACAAUAACACAGGCGCCACCAUCAGUGCAUAACAUUCCCCCACAUCGCGUUUUUGUGCUUGCAUCAGCAAAGAAUCGUCACACUACCGGUUUUUUUAUCUAUCCCUUGACGGCCGUUUGGUCGCAUGGAGGGGGAGACACCAGUAUGAUUUGGCGCAAAAACAUUGGCCAGUAUGAUGUGUGCGUUGACCAAUGUCCGCACCAUGGCUCACUGCUGGCAUGCGCUACCAACCAAUCUAUGCAGCUCUUGCACAGAUGGAAUGGAAGCUAUUCUUUUGUUCCGCAAUGGCCACAAAACCUUGGGGAUCUAAUCCAAUGACGCCCUUAGCUUUUUGCUAGAAAUUGGGGAGCUUUAUAUAGAGGAAACGGUUCUUUUUUAUGGCUAACUUGAAUAACUUACUGUUUGCUUG